UAAAAAAAAGCACCACAUUCUUUGACUGUACAAAAGGAGGGGGAGAUGAAGAUGAUCAUGUUACUGCUACUUGGCUUCAGCUAUGCUGAUAUACAUGGGCUUUCAGAGCUAAAAGCAUAUGACAUUAUUAUUCCGAAAAAAGUUGCAGGCCCAGAUAAACAAGAAACAGGCACUGAUUUUCCAGAGGACCAGAUAUCUUAUAUCCUGUCAAUUGAUGGAAAGGAUCACUUAGUACAUCUGCAGAAAAACGUUGAUGUUAUUAGUGAUAACUGCACUGUGUUUAUACCAAGUGAGGAUGAGGGCUUGACAGCAAAAAAACUUGACACUAGGGUAAGCUUUCUGUACAAUAUUUUAGUCUUUACAUGA